GCUGCAGAGUGAGUGGGUUUGAACCCAAAAAUCACAACAAAUGAAUACGUCAUUAGCGUGGAUCAAGGGAUCGUUCAAGGUUCAUGAAGUACUGCCCCCUGCGGCUCAUCCAUGCCAAGAAAUGAGUCUGAUUGUGCAUUCCAGUUGUCACCUCUGAAUAUCCCAGUUAGGACGUUUCAACAGAACGCCCAUAGUUCAGACAAUCUGUUUGCUGCUGGUUCAUGUGAAUCUUCUGCCUUUUGCCAGCUCUCCAUCUUUGUGAAAACCACAAAACGAUAGUCCGUUACCGAGUUAUUUCCGUGAAGGGGCAUCGCAGCCGACCAAGCAAAAGGUUCUUCCCAUGACUAAAACUAUCUGGUGUGUUAUUAUCGUGAGGUCGCUCUCUGCGCAGCUUCUUGGGCAUUUGGGACGGCUGCGGUGACGUCACGUUGCCAAGCUCUUUAACAUGGAGAGCAUCGUUAUCUACUGCUAACGCUAACGAGGGCUCAGAGCGGCUAGAUACUGGUUACAGGGUGAACUCGGGGGUGACGUCACUCACAGUUCCACAGCAUGACAGAUCACAUUAACGAUGACUCUGUUCACUUCGUGAAAGUCACACCUGUAAGACAUUGGCAGUAACUGACACCUCUUGAUUUGACUAUUUUAAAUACUGGCACUCUCAUUUGCAUACCAGCACCUCGCACAAGAGACCGGUACUUUAUAGUUACAUUUGUAUCAAUAAUAGUCAAGCACCAGUUACUUCCAGGUGGUGGAAUGGGGGGCCCUAAAUUGCAUUCAGUUUAGGGCCCCAUAAAGGCAUGGGCCGGAACUGCUUAGGAAGCUAAAUGGAACUCAGCCUUCAUUCAUUUGAUCACUUACACCUUGUCAAAGGUUGUCAUAGAGCUGAGUUAAGAGCUCAGUGAGUUCCUUCCUCCCCGCGGAGUCUGUUCACACUCAGUCUCUGUUAAGCAGAUUUCAGCGGAUGGAUUUAAGCCGUUGCUCUCUGAUUCGUGCACUUUCCGAACUUCUUCCUCCUCCGUCAUCGCCGCACCUGACUCAGACUCGCUCCACAGACUGGGUCUGCAGGCGCGUGCUGGACAGGAUGACACGGGUGAAGCGGGAUCGGGUCACAGCGAGCGGCGCGGCUGUGCGUUUGGAGCGCGGAGCGCACGGCGCGCAGCGCGGACACCGACGCCGCUGAGCCCGCGGCUCGUAGAUGAAAAGCACAGCGGGCACGGUCGUUCUCUGCCCGCCAGUCUCCGGAGACCAUGCCGGACAACUUCACUCAUCCGACCGCCGUCGCACCGGCCGCUGUGGUCACUCACUAUAAUUUCUCCGCGCUCGUGUUCGGGAUUCUGCUGAUUGUGGUCGUGAUCGGCGGGAACGUGCUGGUGUGUGUGAGCGUGUACCUGGAGAAGGCUUUAAAAACCACCACCAACUACUUCAUAGUCAGCCUGGCGUUUGCAGACCUGCUGCUGGCGCUGCUGGUGCUGCCGCUCUUCGUUUACGCAGAGUUUCAGGGAGGAAUUUGGUCCUUGAACAUGCUGCUAUGUGACGGCCUGAUGACCAUGGACGUGAUGCUGUGCACUGCGUCCAUAUUCAACCUGUGCGCCAUCAGUGUAGACAGAUUUAUUGCCGUCUCCAUUCCUCUCAAUUAUAACCGUAAGCACGUGGACCGUCGCCAGCUCGUCCUGCUGUCGGCGACCUGGCUGCUGGCGCUCGCCGUGGCCUCGCCGGUUAUUUUUGGCAUCAACGCCGUGCCCCACCGCGACCCCAGUGAGUGCAAACUGGAGGACAACAACUACGUCGUCUAUUCCUCGGUCUGCUCUUUCUUCAUCCCCUGCCCCAUCAUGGUCUUGCUGUACUUCGGUGUCUUCCGCGGCCUGAAGCGCUGGGAGGAGACUCGGCGAGCCAAGCUACGCAGCAGCAUCGAGGCCUGCCGGAAGCUGCAGCACGCCGCCGUCGCCACUGCUCUCCCCCCGCUGGCGGGCACCAUCCCCGGACCUCUGCCCAUGCCUCUGCCCAGGAUCAUCGAGAGGGACUUGGCCCAGUCUCGGCUGGACAACGAUGACGACGACGAUGACGACUGCGUGAGGCAGGAGAUGCCGUACCCUCGGCAGUACAGAGAGAACUCUGUGCCCACGGUGACGUUCAGUAAACGGCCACAGAUGAGGAAGAGAGCCAAGAUCAACAACAGGGAGAGGAAAGCUAUGAGGGUGUUACCUGUCGUCGUAGGCUGCUUCCUGUUCUGCUGGACGCCGUUUUUCGUCGUCCACACGACGCGAGCCAUGUGUUUGAACUGCAGCAUCCCCGCCGGCCUGGUGAGCACCGUCACCUGGCUGGGCUAUGUCAACAGCGCUCUCAACCCCAUCAUCUACACCAUCUUCAACACGGAGUUCAAGAAGUUCUUCAAGAAAUGCUUUCGCCGCUGCUUCUGCUGCUGAUGAAGACAGACCUUUUUUUCCCCCCAGGGACAGGAUGGAGGUUUAACCCGGAAAAACUUACGGUUCAGGUCGUAUGAGGCACUCGCAUGUUGGCAGCUCUGGCUUUUCUGAGCGGGACCCAGCCUGAGACAUGCACAACAACAUGGCUGCCAGUGUCUCGGGGUUGUUCUCAGCGUGUGUAAACCUGAACUGUCCCUUUAGCCUCUUUACCUCUUGCAUCCAAGCUUCCAGGCCAAUCUAUGAGGGAGGUGGAUGAGUGACGAAACACAAACCCUGUUCUUUGCUGACGUUUUACUCAUGACAUCGGUUUAAUUUCCUGGUCUGGAUUUUAUCAUUUGGUGGCAAACAUUUCUGAUUCCUGAGGAUCACUGCCUCCUGGAAAAUGGAUGAUGCUUUAGAGAAAGAGCUGCAGGAGGCCACUACAGACUCUUUCAGUUUGUAUCAGCCUUGUUUUAUGGACAGUCAUGAGCCCCACCGCUACUGCUACAUAGGCUGAAUUAAAUCUGUGGGGAAACACGGAGCUCAGUUGUGAAGUUAAUCUUUGAGAAUAACUUUUAAGGCGAGCCAAAAAUUGUCCAAAUUGUCCAGCACUGGUUGAUGUACAACUUGUACCAAUUGGCCGUACAUGAUUUUACUAAAAGCUGCAAAUCACAAAUAAGCUACAACAGCAGUAAAACAGAAGAUUUCAUUUUGAUUAUCAGAUACUAUUUGUUUUAAACAUGAAUGACGUUGAAUUUUUUUUUGUUCACGUGCAAGUAUGGCUUAAAUUUGAGUAGCGCUGCCCUUUAAAGUGAUGAUAAUUCAUAAUAGUGGUUAUAUGAGGUGAUCGAACAUAGUCGGUGUGUUACAUCGCAGCUGGGAUGUGUGGAUGUGAGCUCACAUGAAACAUGGCUGAUGGUAGGAAACAGAGAAAAGACACAUUUUUAGCAACAGUACGGAAGCCUUAAAGAGUCAUACAUACCUGCAUACAUUUUAUUUCCCCUGUUUUCCCGUCAUAACGAGAUAAUUAAAUGGGGAGAUAAUGAAUGAAAUGAAACGUGAUAGGUCUGAGAUUUCCAU